ACUCGGCGUCACUCGCGUGUUGUGUUCUUCCUCACUGUACGCGGUCCGUCAGUAGUGAGCGGUGUUUUUCUAUGGAGUUCUUUCCGUGCGUGGAUUUAUGGCGUACAGAAUAACCGCAGUGUGGUGUCUGUUUGUUUUAACGCUUCUGAACGUCUGUAUUCAAGAAACCCUGACUAUCGAUCUCAGUCUAGGGUUUACUCAGUUAUCACCCCAGGAGGUCAUAGUUCAAAGGAAUCAACCUCUGCUACUCAAUUGUACCGGCUACUCAGAGAGCGAGUAUGGCCCACUUCGCAUCACCUGGAGAUAUGAGGGCGAGGAGUUGGAACAGAAUAAACACCAAUAUGUGCUAGAGAAUGGUUCUCUCGUUAUUGAUAGGAUUACAGGACAAAAGAAGAACCAUGGACGUCGUGAUGAAGGAAAUUACACUUGCCUCUUACACAACAAUGUAGGAACUUUGGUUAGCAGAACUAUUCGAGUCAUUGUAGCACGUAUGUCAAGGGUAUUUUCUGUGGAACCUGAGCCUAUGAUUGUGGAGAAAGGAGGAAAUGCCUAUUUCUAUUGCCAAAUUCAAGCUGUUCCAUCUGCAAUUAUAACUUGGCAGCUCAAUAAUAAAGAUCUACCUCAGAAUAGCAGCAGACAUUUGUUGCUACCCUCAGGAGCAAUACAGAUAAUUGGUGUGACUGAAACAGAUGCUGGCAAUUAUCGCUGUGUUGCUGCAAAUGUUGCACGAGUACGAUAUAGUAAUGAAGCUUUACUUACAGUGUCCACAGAUGCCAAGAUACCAGAAGUUCCUUAUUUCCUAAGUCCACCCUUCCAACAAGUAACAGUAUUGACAAAAGAAGAUGCAGUAUUGGAAUGUAUGGUGAAUGGUUAUUUUUCACCAGAAAUUAAAUGGAUAAGAGGAGAAGAUGAAAGACCAUUACCAGAAGAUAGAAUAUCAAGGCUUGGACAAGGGAAUUUAGUAAUUAAAUCUGUUACUGUAGAAGAUACAGGAGUAUAUAUUUGUUCAGCAACUGUAAAAGAUCCAAAAACUGAUACAGUUCAAGUAAUUUCACAAAAAUCUACACUCAUAGUAUAUGUUUCACCAGAAUUCAUUGAUCGUCCUUUGAGUCAAGUAAAACCAACUGCACAAACUGCUCGAUUUGAAUGCACAGUAGAUGGAAUUCCUGCUCCUUCAGUACAAUGGCUUAAAGAUGGUCAGCCAUUAUAUAUAAAUGGGAGAAUCAAAUUAAAGACAGGCAAUGUAUUAGUUAUUUCACAAACAGUAACUUCUGAUUCUGGAAUUUAUCAGUGUAUGGCUACAAAUAUAGUUAGUACUAAUGUAGCUUCUGCAAGAUUAUUAGUAAACACAUCAAGUAGUCAACCAGAUCCUCCUCAGGGAUUACGUGCACGAACAGUUUCUAGUUCUGCUAUUUUACUGAUGUGGAAUCCAGCUAUUUCACCAAAUGGACUAAAUAUUCAAGCUUACACUGUACAUUAUUUGCCUACUUCAGUACCAAUAACUGCACCUAGUAUAACAGUGAAUAGUCUAACACCAACAACAUUACAUGUUACAUGGGAUCAACUUUCUCCAGAAAAUUCUCGAGGUGUAUAUUUGUAUUGUCAGAUAAUAAUAUUUUAUUAUUACUUAAAAUCUGUUUUAGUGCCAAUGCCACCAAUCUUGCAUUUAACAGUUAUUAAUACAACUGCUUUGGAAGCAGAAUGGUCAAUGCCAGAUGAAAAUAGGCAUCCUGUUGAUGGAUUUCUUUUAUAUUAUCGUCAACGAAGCCAUUCAUUAAAAGGUCCAAUUGAUGUUCCUGCCAACAUGACCAAGUUUUUAAUUACUGAUUUAGUACCAAUAACUGCACCUAGUAUAACAGUGAAUAGUCUAACACCAACAACAUUACAUGUUACAUGGGAUCAACUUUCUCCAGAAAAUUCUCGAGGUGUAGUGAUUUCUUAUCGUAUUCAUUAUCGUAGACACAAUCAAGCAUCCUAUAGUGUUAUAGAUGUAGCAGAAAAUAUUAAGGAUUAUACAAUUACUGGUCUUCAACCAAAAAAGAAAUAUGAUGUUCGUGUAAUGGCAAGAACAAAAAUAGGCUUUCCUGUUCUUUCUGAUGAAGAAUGGCCUUGGGUUGUACAUGAAAUGCCUGAUGCUAUAACUGCUACUGUGCCAAUGCCACCAAUCUUGCAUUUAACAGUUAUUAAUACAACUGCUUUGGAAGCAGAAUGGUCAAUGCCAGAUGAAAAUAGGCAUCCUGUUGAUGGAUUUCUUUUAUAUUAUCGUCAACGAAGCCAUUCAUUAAAAGGUCCAAUUGAUGUUCCUGCCAACAUGACCAAGUUUUUAAUUACUGAUUUAGCUCCAGAAACAUGGUAUGAGGUUCAUUUAUCAGCUUAUAAUGACCAAGGUGAAGGAAAUGAAUCAGUUAGAAAUAUACUGACUUUGCCAGAAGAUCAUCCAGAUGUAGAAAUUGUUGAGGUUAUAGAACCUCCUCAUCAUUUAGAAGCAAAUCCUACUAGUUCUACAAGUAUUCAUUUAAUAUGGGAAAUUCCAAUUAUAAAUAAAAAUAUCAGUUAUUAUACUGUUCAGUAUCAUCCAGUUUAUAGCACUGGAGAAAUAAAUGCUUCCUCUAUAUCCUACAUCAGAUGUACUAAUAAAGAAGUAAUGAUAACAGACUUAUUACCAUUUACUCUAUAUGAAUUUUCUGUGAGUUCACAUGAUUAUAAAAAUCAACAAGGCCCAUUUGGAAUGAAAGUAGAGUGUAAAACAAAAGAAGAUAUUCCUACUGCACCAAGAGACUUAACAUGGACACCAGUUGAUGCACAUUCAGUUAGAUUAAACUGGCAAAUUCCUGUUCGGCCAAAUGGCAUUAUUAUAAGUUAUUAUAUAUUGUAUAGUGAACAUACAGAUGAUGAAGUACAUCCUGAUAAUUGGUCAACUAAAGAAGAACAAGGAUCACAGCUGUCCUCAUUAGUGAAUGGAUUAGCUAGCAAUACAUUAUAUUACUUUUGCAUGAAAGCAGAAACAAGAGCUGGAACUGGUCCAUCAACUCCAAUAAUCAGUUUAAAUAUUCCAGUAAGACAUAGCAAUUAUUCAAGAUCGUCUCCUAAAGAAAUUUAUAGUGUUGAACCUCAAGAUCCAUUACUUGGCAUUGUACUAGGAAUAUCUAUUGGUGUUGGAUGUAUCAUCAUUUGUGCUAUUAUUAUUGUUUGUCGUAAUAGAACCUUCUGGAAUAAAAGAACUGGCCCGGGACGGGGCUUGAACCCACAACCUUCGCUUGCCGUGCGGUGCACUUGCCAGUUACACCACCCGGACCUCGAAUGUUUUCCUCCACCACCACCACCUCCUGGAAAUAGAUAUUCUGUAUGUUGUGGAAAUGGCCAUGUUCCACAAUUAAAUGGUCAUGCUUCUUGUAAUGGAAAUGAAAAACAAGCUAUUAGCUCAAAAUGGCGAGAAUUAGACUGCUUUACUCCUAUGUUGUCACAUUUUCCAAAUGGCACCACAGAACGCCAUUUAGAUACAAAAGGAGGAUAUCCUACUACCAUUUGCAAUGGUGGUAGCAAUGGUAUUACCCAUCCUCUGCUUGCAUAUCAGAAUGGGGUUGAUAGUAAUGCAAAAAUUUCAGAAAUUAUUCCAGAAAGUUCUCAGAAUGAAUCAGAAGAAAAUGAUAUGUGCCUUCCAGUCUCUAAAAAUCGUCUUCGUUAUACAGUAAAAGAUUGCUGGGAUUCUGAAGAUUGGAAUGAUAUAAAUGAAAUACAGGCUUCUAAUUCUCACCAAGUUGAUGAUAUAAAUUCCAAACUGCAAACAAAUCAUCAACAGAAUAAAUCUAUAAAUAAAGACAAUAUAGUAUUGGAAGCUGAAACAUCAACACAACAUGAAAAUAAUUCCAUUAAUCACAAAGAGACAAAUUCCAAAACUAACUCAGAAAUGAGAUCCCACACUCAGAGUCUCACAUCUCUCACAUCAUCUCAUUGCCAAGCAGAAGAUACAGAUGAAAAAAAUAAUAGUAGCAACAAACCUCAAGUACAUGCUCCCUCCCCUGCACCAAAUAUAUAUGACUCCUCAUCUGUUUGUGCUAUGAACGAUUUCAGUGAAAUGCAGUCUUCUACUGAUCCAGAAUCUGCAGAUAAUUGUAAGUCAUCUGCUUCCACACUACAGCCAAAGUAUCCUCACUCAGUCACUCCCACUGGCAGCAUUCUCCUAAUGUAAAAAUAAUCUGAUAUUGGCCUACAAAGAGAGACAGACACCUCUCCCUUAUUAUUCAGAUCAGGUCUUUUUUGAUAGAAGCGGGUAUUUUUUACAAGCUGUUUUAUAUUUAUGUUAGUAAAGAUGUACAUGCGUUUAUGUCAUUAAUACAUUUUUACUAUCUGACUCUAUAUAUGAUUUUUUCCUUAUCCUAUAAAUAGUAAUAACAAGAAUUGCCAGAUAGUUGUUUUCACAACGAUAUUCAUUUUCAAGAUUUACAGAAAGAAGAAAAUUUGAAUUUGAUUGAGUAACACCAUCUUACAAGGCAUACUACACAUAUUAUUAUAUUGAAUUUUAUGCUUCUGAACUGCUGUAUGAAAUCUGACUGUGAAUUUUAAAGAAGCAGCUUUUGUUUUGAUACUCAGGGAAAUGAAUAAUUGAUGUCAUUAUGGUCCUAUAUUGGUACAGAUGAAUAGAACAUAACAGAAAAGGACAAUAUUCUGUUUGUGGAAUUUCAGCAUUACUUGGUUACAUUCCACAAUCCUUUAUAUGAAAAUUAAAUAAUAAAAUAUCUGUGAAUUAUGAUUUAAGAAACUUAUAUUUAAAAAUACAGUACAUGAAGGGGAAGGAGAUGUACUUGAUAAUAAGGUUAGUAGUAAAGCUAUCUUUUUGUUUGUAGCUUAAACUAUUAAUAGAAAGAAGAAAAUUUCCAUUUCAAUUAAAUCCAAUUAAUUGGUUUUUAACAAAGCAUAUUGUACAUGAUGUAAAAAGUUUCUCAUAUUAUUUUAUGUAUUGUAUUUGCACUCAGUCUUUUGUUAAAAAAAUUAUGCAAUGCACUCUUAAUUUUAUAUAGUUUUUCAUUAAAAAAUUUUAAGUAAAUGUACAGUAGAUAACACAUAGAUAUUUUUCACAGUUGAAACUCAGUUAUUUAGUUGAUUACUGGUAAUUUUUAAAAAUUAGAAUUUUGCAAAAUAUGUCAUUCCAAAGUUCAAAUGAUAACAUUCAGAAUAUGUUGAAAAUAGAAUAAAUUUUUAUUCUAAAACCAUAUGACAUGGAAAUAAUAUAAUGAUUUAAUGCUGAAUGGAUAAUUAAGGAUUUAUUAUAUUUGUUUUCUCUAUCUUAAACAUAAAAUUCCUUUGUGCCAAUUUUAUUUCUUAAGUCAAAAUAUACAUUUAUUAAGAAAAGAAUCUCGUAUUCAUUUGCACAAACAUUUAAUUUCUAACAUAUUCUUCUAUGUUUCUUCUUUAGUUUCUAAAUAUUAUUCACAUUUCCUCUUUUACUUAUCUCUUAUCAUUACUCUUUUUCCUUUCUUAUUUAUUAGAAAACAGACUCAAAAUUAAAAACCAGAAAAAAAAAAACUCUAAAAUAAAUUUUAACCCGCGCUCUUAUUUGGCACUUCUUGUUAUAUAAUGAAAACCUGCUGAAUUAGAAACAGUAGGUAAAUUGGCAGUUCCUAAAUUGUGUGCCAGUGUUCUUAAUCAGCUGCUGAUGUUAUUGAGGAUAAACAGCAGCAGAAAAAAGAUGAAUUAUUAGUUCCAAAGUUUGCAUGAUGCUCCAGUUUAUAUUGUUCUGGAUCAGCUCAACAUUGUCGAAAUAUUUAUCUGUGCCAAUUAGUAUAUUGUUGCUUAUAUUGUUGCUUUUGUUAAUAUAACAAACUUUGCUUUCUUUUAUUUUUGGUAAUUUUAAUAAAUAAAAAUGAUAAAGAAUAUAUUAAAAAGUAUUAUCAUCAUUCAGCUUCAGUUGUUUAGUGAUAUUAUUAGAUUGUUUUUUGAUUUUCUUCUACUGAUAAAAAUUAUUGUCUGUUCUAUCAUAAAAAGUAUUCUUUGUUCUUUUUACAGUUAGUAUUUUUAUUUUACAGUAUUUAUAUCUUAAAAAACUGUUAAGUAAUAAUGAUUCUAUGUCAAUAUAGACAACAUCAUUUUUAUCGAUGGCAGAAAAGUUCACUGUUAAUUUCUUCAAUAAUCUAAAGUUUAUUGUUUCUUUUAAAGCCAUACAUGUAUGUUAAAAUAUCAGGGAUAUACUUCUGUUUGUUUCUACCUCAUUCUUAUGUUUCAUCAAUAAAUGUUCUUCUCUGAUUAGCACUUUUUUUUUAAUCUCUGAUAUUACAUAGCUAGGUUUGAUAAAUUGGGACAUUUUUUGUGGUAAUUUCAGAUAUGAAAAGAAAAUACCGACAAUGCUUUUGUUUGAUAAAUUGUACAUUGUGGCUAGAUGUAUUCAUUUAGAAACCAUUUAUAAGAUAUGGAUAGUGGAGCACUGCACUGUAUAUUAUGCAAUGUUUAGAUUAAAGAAAAAGUAAAGAAAUAUUAAUAUGUCAAUUAAAAACUGUGCUAUGCAGAUAAAUGUGGUGUAUUAUUGAUGCAUAGAGUGUACGUUAAAUGUAGAAGAGUAAUUAAUGAAUUCAUUUCCUAAUUUUUUAUUUAUAUUCAAGUUAUCACGUUUAGUUGUUAGUCAGAUAUCAGGAAAAGAUCGUUUUAACUAGUUUGAAUUAAAAAAAAUAUUUUAAAUAUAAAAAUAAGUUUUGCAUUAUCUUUAAUAUAGAAUUCUUUUAUUGUGCCAACAUAAGCACCACCUUUGCAAACAGUAGAUAAUGUUGAAUAACACUAUCUUAAGAAUUAGAAUUAAUAGUAAACGUUUUGAUAUUCUAGCUUUUGUACAAUUUUAUUUCUUCUUACUUUUUUAUGGCAUUUAAAAAAAAGGUAAUAAGAAAUAAUUUUAUUAAUUUUCUACUGUAAAGAAUAUAUUAUAGUAAAAAUGGGUGUGAAGUGGCUAAUGUCUGUAUUAAAGAAUGUAUGUUGCCUAAAAGUAGCCUGAAGGAUAGAGAUUUCUUCUUUCUUUGUAAUUUGGAUGAUGGUAAAAUUCACCUUGUGUAAAUUUUAAAAAAAGCUUUCUGUGACACCAUUUCAUCAAUAAACAAUGUCCAAUUAAAUGUUUAGUAUCACUUUUAGGUAAAGGAAGUAACUAAGUUGCAGAUAUUUUGGAUAAUUCUAGUAAAUAUUAGAUUUAUAUCCUACAAAAGAUACAACAUAAAUACAAUAGUAAUAGCAGAUAGCAUUAUGAUGCUAUUAAUGUGGAUGUGGAAAGUUAACAAUAAACAUGCAGUAGAUUGUCAUUAGCAAUUAAGACCAAACUGAUAGAGGAUAUAUAUUCACAGAAGUUUUGCUGCAUAGCACAAAAUUUUUCUACAUUCUUUGCUUUGGUAACAUUCUCAGUAUGUGCUGUUCCAUAUCCAGAAUGGUCUGCUUUUAGAAUUGGGUAUAUUGAAAAAUAAGAGCAGUGUUUGUUUUUUCUUUAAAAGUUGCUGUAAGUGUAAUGGUCUCUCAUAUUCACCCUUUCACACCUUAUUUCCUAGUGCCUUUACAGCAAGAUUCCAUGGAGUAGAAGAAAAUUUAAGAAAAAAGAAAAAAAAUAAAGAUUAAGGAGAAGAUAUUGGAUCAUAAAUGUGUUUUCAGUAUUAAUUCAGAUGUACAAAGUAAUUCUGAAUUGAUAAUAAAACAAUGUUUUAAGUACAAAAAUGUUAAAAAAGAAGAGAGUUGAAGAUGAGUCUGCAAAUAGUCUCUUGCUGAUCAACUUAUCAUAAGCACAGUGUGGGUAGGGUAGUAUAUGAUUGGCCUAUUUCUUUCACUUUUAAAGGUUGAAGGGAAGGAAUGAUUUGAGUAGAGCCCAGUGAGGGUUUUUUUAGGGCAGUGGGAAAUUUUUUUGACCUACCUCAUUAUUUUUGUACUAUCGGUGUAAGCCUAGAGGGUUUUAUACUCAGGGAGCUGUGAAUAAAUAAAUAAAUCCCCCUCUUGGCUGUUACCAUUCUUGUGUAAUUAAUAUGUCGAACUUGGGUUGAUGUGUAUCGUAGACACAUGGGCAUUGGCGAUGUAUAUAAUAUCCAAUGAUUCUAUAGUACAUAUUUUGUGUUAUGGUAAUGUCCAACAGUUUUGUCCUCUAACCUUAGGCUACAAGUUUAAUACAUGCUAAUUUCUUUGUAUGUUUCAACUAUUGCACAUAAUAGCUUAUGUUACUAAUUCUGAAUGAAAAGUAAUGUAUGCUCAAAUAAUGGUAAUCAUUGCUGUUUGUAUCCAUAACUCCAAUAUUUUAUUGUGUACAUUGAGACUGAGCCAUAUAAUGUGUAACACAUUGAUUUCUGUAAGUGGUUGCUGUCAAGAUGUAACAGUUCAUCAUCCAAUGCCUUGUCAGACAUUUUCACAAUGUAAAUAUAUGUAAAAUCACAUUCUUAUGCAGUCUAAUUUUGUAUGUCAUUCCACUUUAUCUCACAUUCUGCCUGUUUCCUCUCCCCAUAUUCACAUAAUGAAAUUUCUAAACAGUACAAAGUAGUGUGCUGCUUGACUAAAUUGAAGCAGCGUAGGAUUGUUCAUGUGAAAAGUUUAGAACUUCCAGAUGUAAGUAUCAGUAAAAAGUCUUCACAAUAAUAUCUAAUAUAUAUAUUUAAAAGCUUUUCCAAUUUCUAAGUGGAUAUUAUUUCCAGAAAAAAUUAUUUACUAGUGUUUAGUAUUAUAGUUUGCAAAUAAACUGAUAUCUAUGUAUAUAAAUAUAUAUAAAUAUAUUCAAUCUUAUGUUCAUAUUGAUUUUGGUUAUUAUACAUUUGAAACAAAAAAUUUUAAAUUAUUUCUUCCUGACAUAGUUUUAUGAAUUUUUAUAAUUGACAUAAGAAUAUUUUAAAAAAUGGAACUGUAGUAUUGAUAGAAUUACAUUCGGAUUUUAAAGUAUUGUAUUUAAAUGCAUGCAAAUAUGCAGUAUCUGGAUGAAACUAAAGCCAAGUUGCUCGACAAAACGACAUAAAUUGCAUUCUGGUGCUUAUUAUAUGUUUACAAAUACACAAAUAUAUAUA